AUUGAUUUCCCUCAUACUAGCUUUGCGUCGGAAUACGAGUGCUGUUUUUAUUGAAGCAACCAACCAUUUCAAAGAGCCUUGUAUCAAUCAAGUGGUGGUUAUAUUAUCGGUGGCAGUCGCGGCGAUAUUCUUGUUGUCCGAGAAGCCAGAUCUGAUGAUGCUAGCUCCUACGCCUGCGAAGCUCAACACGUUUUGACGGGAGAGAAGCGUCGUAGUCCACCUGCUAUGAUUGCAGUUUCACAUCCGACUGGGAGUAUGGCACCACGAAUUUUAACGAUAUCUGAAGAUGAAACUGUUCCGCAAGGUGGGGACAUCAGGCUGGUGUGUUGCGCAAUCGGCAGCCCUCCACCCACUUACAGUUGGUUUCGCCACGCUAACGGCCGUCUCAGCCCCGUAGGAAAUAGCAUCAGAAUAUCAGUGUCCGAUCAAGUACUAAUUAUAAGAAGAGCUCAGUUAUCUGAUGGUGGAAUUUGGACUUGUCGAGCCCAUAACCAAUACGGUGAACAGAGACGUGACGCAAGACUUAAAGUGCGGUCAAGACUUGUUGUCAGUGUUCAUCCUCAAUUACAUAUCGCUAAUUCCGGUAGUUCAGUAACCUUUAACUGUUCGGUUGACGGCGGCGAGGCUCGCGUGCGUUGGUUGCACGACGGUGUCCCUGUUGGCGGCGGUGAGCGGGUAUUGCGCAUCCACGGUGUGGUCCGAGCUCAUAGAGGAAUGUACCAGUGUUUUGCUGAACGAGACCUUGAUAGUGCACAAGCCGCUGCUGAGCUCAGGCUUGGAGAUACAGCGCCAGAACUGCACUAUACAUUCAUCGAGCAAGCAUUACAUCCGGGGCCGGCGCUUGCGCUCCACUGCUCUGCCUCCGGCUCUCCCUCGCCACGCUUCACUUGGCUGCUCGACAUGCAGGUUGUAGAGGAACAUAAUACACAACAGAGGAGCAUUUCCCAGUUUAUGAGUCCCAACGGAGACGUAGUGAGCUACCUUAAUAUUACGUCAGUCCGUCCUGAAGACGGUGGGAGGUACACAUGUCGCGCUCAUAAUACAAGAGGAGCUGUUGAACAUUCUACAAGACUUAACGUUUAUGGUCCGCCCUCCAUCAGAAACAUUGGUCCUGUCCGCGUAGUUGCAGGUGUCAACACAACGAUCUACUGUCCUUACUCCGGAUUUCCAAUCAGUGAUAUAAGAUGGCAGCGUGGUGGUAUAGAUGUGGGUUCAACUGGAAGAGCGUUGUCAGGAAGCGGUGGCGAACUUCUGUUAUGGCCUGCUGAACCAGCUGAUGCCGGAGUGUACUCUUGCAGAGUAAAUGCACCUUCAGGACAAUACGCACAAAAGGAUGUCCAGAUUUUUGUUCGAAAUCCUCCAAAAAUAGCUGGAUUUCAAUUUCCUGCGGAUUUGGUGGAAGGGAGUUCAAUACAAGUUUUAUGUGGAAUAACUUCUGGAGAUAAACCAGUUUAUUUCUCUUGGCUUAAAGAUGGACAACACAUUCCGUCCAAUUUACAGGUACAAGAGAAAUCCUUAGAUGAAUUCAGCUUUUUGAUAUUUUCCCACGUCACAUCGAAACAUAGCGGGGAUUACACAUGUGUCGCCAGUAAUACUGCAGCUGAAGUUAACCACACUGCGAGACUUGCCGUUAAGGUUGCGCCUUCGUGGGUGUAUGAGCCUCAAGAUGUUUCAGCCUUGCUCGGAACACAAAUUCUUAUUCACUGUGUUACUAAAGGAUAUCCAGAGCCAAGAAUAACAUGGAUGAAAGCUCAUGGUGUAGGUAGCAGUGCAGAUUUUCGCCCACUUAACCGCGUGGAGCUGCCCUUAUCCGUUUUGACCAACGGCUCAUUAAGUGGGGUUGCGACCCGCGGACACGAGGGACGCUAUAUGUGUCGUGCAGACAACGCCGUAGGCCGUGGCCUGUCUAAAAUUGUUACCGUAUCUGUUAACGGUAGGUUAUACUAAUUUAUACAAUAUUUUUCAUGGAAUUUAAAUGAAAGAACAAAGAUUAGUAAUGUAAUGUUUUUUG